UUUGUGUAACUGUCAACUCGUCCAUAGGUCAUGAUUUUUGUAGCUCGUGUUCAUCAAUAACGGAUCUAAACUUCCUAAUUGAAAAUUACAGGUUUGUCACCUAAAUGCACGUCGUGUACAUCAAAUGAAUACCGCAAAUCGGAGAGCAGAUCGUUUACCUUGCGGUGGCAUUGAACAGGUAUACACAUGUCUAGUACGUGGGGGAUCAAGUCGCUCAUUACACUUGUGAGUGGCAACGUUAUGCAAGAACUAAGUUCGUCACAUGCUGUUAAUCGCGUUCUAUAAACUGGUUUGGUGUAACGAAUAACGACCAUAACAUAAUUGUGCCUCGAGUCGAGAUUCAGUGAGUCGACGACAGUGUCUUGGUCGCCGUCUCAUCGAAAAUAACUUUAAGGAUUAAUUAACGAAAUGGCGAUGAAUUGUUUAUUAUUGGCGUGUGCGGCAAUCGCAAUUUUCGGCAAUGCGCAAGGAGUUGUCGAAAACGAACGGGGGUUCGGGGACUAUAUGAAAAGUAUAAUGGAUUCAAUUACAAACGUCCUGUUUGGACAAGACGAGGAUCGAUCGGAACUGCCGUAUGUGGGCAAGAAGAUUAAUAUGGAUGUUUAUUAUGAAUCACAUUGUCCUGACAGCAGAGAUUUCAUAAGAGAAGCACUGCACCCAAUUUUUUGUAAAAUUCAACCUUAUAUCAAUUUGAACUUGAUUCCUUUCGGUAAAGCCCACAGCGUUGAAGGUGGUGGAUUUGAAUGUCAACACGGACAAAAAGAAUGUCGUGGUAAUACAAUUCAUAAUUGUGUACUCAAACGAAUUGCAGACCCUGUUGCUCAAGUUGAUUAUGUGAAUUGUGCUAUGUUAAAUCCGGAUAAACCAGGUCAUAUUGAAACAGCGUGUGUUCAAAUAUCUGGAUUGAAUCCUAUUGAAAUUGAAUAUUGCUAUAAGUCAAAAGAAGGAUAUGAACUGAUGUUAAAUGCAGAAAGAGAAACCAAAACAAAAACACCUGGACCUAGAUUUGUACCAACAAUUAUAUUUGAAGGCGUGUACAACGAUAGGGACCAAGUUUCGGCUUUUGAAAACUUAGAAAGUACUAUUUGUGCAAAAUUACUGGCACGUAGUUUCAAUAAUGUAUGCUACCAAGGAAAAAUAUCUAAUGCGAUUUCCUGCUAAAAAGCUUGUUUCUCCUAUAUAAAUAAAAAAUAAAUUAGAAUUCAUAAUUGUAAUUUUUAAUAAAUGUCACUUCUGUUAUAAAUAAUACCUUUAAGUAUCAAAUUGAUGUAGAAAUUUAAAUUUGUAUCUAUAUUUUAAUUAUUUUUUACUAGUUUGAUUUUAAAUUUCUUACGAACACAAUAAGACAAUUUACGUUUAACAAUUUAGAAGUAAAAUUAAAUAUAUAUGUUUUUACAAUAACAUUAAGUUGAAUUAAAAAUAACUAUUUUUUUAUAAAAUGCUGUCUUUAUUUUAAAUAACAUUAAUUUAGUAUAAAUUAUUAAAAGAGCUACUAUGGUGGAUUUUUUUAGAUACGUCUGAAUUAAUCAAUAAAAGUAUAUGUAAAAUAGUUUUUAGAUAUUUUUGAAAUGAAUGAAAUUAAAUUGUCAUAUAUAGUUUUGAUUUUACGAUAAAUAUGUGAAAAGUCAUGACUUUCCGAGGUCUACCAGUAAUAGCUUUCAUAAAUUCCUGUUCCCGUUAUUUAUAUAAAUUAUUUUUACUAUAAUAAUCACAUAUAAUUACUGUGAUUUCAUAACAAUUAAAAAAAAUGAAUAGAAUUAGUAAACAUUUGUUAUUUUAAUUUUUAGUUGUAUAGAAAAAUAUGAGAGAUAUUUUAUUCAAAUGAAUUAAAUGAACAGUAAAAUUAAAUAAUAGCCUGGGGAAUAUUAUUUCUAAUUAUAAUUCAUUAAAAAUUUUAAUUUAUGGAAUAUUUUUUGGAAGCAAGUAGUAUGACGAAACGCAGAAACUAAUAUAAAAAUUAAUUUAGAUAUAUUUAUAUCUUACUUGUUUGUUUUUUAAAUAAAUUUAUUGAUUUUUAUUAAUGGAUAGGAUUUAUUUAGUACGAAACUUGAAGAGUAUCUAAAUAAAAUAAUGCGAUUACGACGUAAUCGUGAAAAUAUUUUUUCAACUUGUUAUUUUUUUGGAAAAAAACUUAAGAAAAUGAUAUUGAUUUAAAUGCAACGUACCUGGAAUAAAAUAAAAUUUAUUUUUCGUAGAUUAAUUUAAAUUAAAAUGUGUAAAUACAAAUUUAUUUCUUUUUUAUGUUGUAAAUGAGGUAUUCAAGUCAUUACAAGUAAAUAUCUGUCUUGAGAAUAUUCACAUUAUGAAUUUAAAUUAAAAAUAUUUAGUUUUACAAAACAAAUGGACGUCACAAUAAAAUCUUAAAAAUAAAUCUUGACAAGGGCAACAAUCAUUUAAAGAACUAAAUUUGUAUAGAAUUUUCAAACUAGGAUCUUAUUCUCUUAGAAAAUGUAUAUAGAUACUAAAAUAGGGGAAAGCAAUACUUAAAGGUAACAAAUGGAAUCAUUCAUAUUUUUUAUAAACUUUAAGUGUCUAUGUUACUUACAGUGUAUAAAAUACACUUAUAACACUGGACUUUUCGCAUAAUUAUUUUUAUUGUAUUUGAUAAAAUGUUUUAUCUGUUAAGUUUUUAGAAAAAUUUGUUAAAAAUUUGAUUGUUUGAUUUAAAUUAAAGUAAUUUUUUAUA